CCCCGGGACAUCUUAUUGACACUAUGUUGUUGAAUAUAAAUGCUCUAGUUCAUCGUAAACGAUCAGUUGAACCAGAAACAUGAAAGUGUCUCUUGGAAAUCUCGGUAAAAAAAAUCCAGACGUCGAAGCCGGGGAGGAUAAAUCAGUGAAGAUUCUGGUGUCCGCUGAGAGCAAGUCUUCUAGAUGCUUCAAGAUUAUAAAAUUGAUUUUUUAUCUGGAGAUAAUCCUGUUCCUGGGGUUAUUUGGUUUUAUCACGAUUCAGUGGUGGCUGGUGGGUCCAAAAAUCUUUGAGUUAUCAUCCACGAGAGAUGGGAUCGCUGGGUUCCGGUGGACACCAUCAUCUGGGUCAGGAAGCGAUGACCCCAGGACCUCGGGGUUGUCUGGAUAUCAGAGAGUCAUCGAUCCAGAAGAUGAAUUCGUUGUGAGUCAAGCUAAGACAUUCGUUGAUGAUGACGUGAGCCACGAGACGUACAAAGCUGAAGAGAUUGUUCCAGACGACUCGAAGGAUUCGGGUAUUCAAACUGGUUUGGGACUUCUCAAGGAAGAUCCAUCGAGAGAAGACACACCAGUAACACAAUCAGCUGCAAGUGAAUCCGCAGGGAUGAGCGUUGGAGAUCUAGAAGACAGCUACAAAAAAGAAGAACAGCUGUCAAGAGUUUGGGAAGACGCCGAUGUCUUCCGGAGUUCUAGCUCAGAAACUCCCGAGGAUGAUGAAAGAACUGUCUCGACUCAAGGUAGUGUAGAAUCUGUAGAUGAACCUGGAAAUGAUUCAAUUGUCGAGCCCCCGAGUUCAACACCAGAAGAGAUCGAAGGACUGAUCAAUCCAUCGACAACACCGAAUCCUGAAGAGAUGAUCGUUGAUUAUUUUGAAUACGACGAUCCGACGUCUUAUGAAAAAUCAUUCGGGGAAUCUGAGUUGUCGGGGUUCAGCACUGGAGCAUCCCCGAAAGACUCGGAAUAUACCAGCGAUUGGCCGGAUGUCUAUGACGAACGAUAUUCACCAGAAGAAAAAUGUGGCGAGGGUCAAAUUAGCAUAUCUAGUCUUGGAAAUCUUCGGCUAUUACUCCCUGAAGACCGGCUCGGCUGUAUCGAUGGUAGAACAGUGUACGAAAUAAUCUUCAAGUAUAAAAAUGCCCGGAGCAGCAUCCGGGCGUCUGUGUCGACGCACGCGGGGGAAUCCCAGUGAAAAUCGCGCGGGAGUUUCAAAUUAAAAAACCGAAAAAAUUGGAUAGACCAUUAUAUUCGAUUUGGAUUGGCUCCUGGUGGAUUCUAUUGUGAUUUUUUAAUAUAAAUAAUACCUAACACCUCAUGAUUGUUAUAAAUAUAAAAUAUUCGAUGAAAUAAAUUUUUAACACUCGGUUUUUAUAUCGGGAGCCAUUUAGUGAA